CCCGCGUUCGCAGGCCGCCGGGCGCGGCUUCCGCCCGAGCCGGUCCAGGUGUGGAGCCGGGCCCCGCUGGGGGCCCCGCCGCCCCGUGCGAGCUCCAGGAGUAAGGGGAGCAGGCCGGGCCCCGCACCGGUAAUCUCUACUUCCCCUCGCGUUUCCUUCGGUCACCCCCAGUUCCCGGCCCUGAAAUCACAAGCCUUAACUGCCCGUGCUGCCCUUAACUGCCCGGCCUGUUUUGCGUCACGAACUUGCUCCAGACCCUGAGGCAAACUGAGUCGUCGCAGGAGACUGUACCAACACACAGGUGUACCAUAGGUGACAGAACUCGAUCUGGGCCGGGAAGGGGACAAAUCCGUGAAGGGCGACGCCAGGCAUUCCAGUAGUAAUUGAUAGAAAUCUUACAUGGGAUAGGAUUUAUUCCCUCCAUACUUCUGAACCAAUGAACAGAAAAUGGGAAGCAAAACUGAAGCAAAUUGAAGAACGAGCAUCUCAUUAUGAGAGGAAACCGUUGUCCUCAGUCUAUAGACCAAGAUUAUCCAAGCCAGAAGAACCACCCUCCAUUUGGAAACUAUUUCAUCGCCAAACUCAAGCUUUUAAUUUUGUUAGAAGCUGUAAAGAAGACGUUCAUGUAUUUGCCUUGGAAUGCAAAGUGGAAGAUGGACAACGUAUUUACCUUGUAACAACCUAUACUGAACUUUGGUUUUACUAUAAAUCCAGAAAAAAUCUCUUGCACUGCUAUGAAGUUAUUCCUGAAAAUGCUGUGUGCAAGCUUUACUUCGACUUGGAAUUUAACAAACCUGCCAAUCCAGGAGCUGAUGGGAAAAAGAUGGUUGCAUUACUCAUUGAGCAUGUGUGUAAAGAGCUUCAAGAGUUAUAUAGUGUUAAAUGUUCAGCUGAAGAUGUUUUGAACUUGGAUUCCAGCACUGAUGAAAAAUUUAGCCGUCAUUUAAUAUUUCAGCUCCAUGAUGUGGCAUUUAAAGACAACAUUCAUGUUGGUAAUUUUGUGAGAAAAAUUUUGCAACCUGCUCUUCACUUAGCUGCCAACAAGGAUGACAGCAGCCCUCCAGAGACAGCAGGCCACGGGGCUCCCCACUUUCCUGAAGCACCAGUAGAACAAGGAAUUUCCUUUAACAAAAUGUCCACAGAUAAGGAUCGAGGAGAGAGCUGGACGUUGAAUUCAGAGAAACUGGGGACGUGGGGCUCAGCUGAGCAGAGCAGUGCUGAGCUUUCGUUUUUAGUUGUGAGAAACAACAUGGGAGAAAAGCAUCUUUUUGUGGAUCUAGGAGUUUAUACAAGAAAUAGAAAUUUUCGGCUCUACAAAUCAUCAAAAAUAGGAAAGCGUGUGGCUUUGGAGGUUGCUGAAGAUAACAGAUUUUUUCCUCUACAGUCAAAAUAUAUUUCUGAAGAAUAUCAGUAUUUUCUUUCUUCUCUGAUCAGCAAUGUCAGAUUCUCAGAUACUUUAACAGUUCUUACAUGUGACACACCUCAGAAUAAACAAAAGGGUGUUGAAUAUUUUAACAGUAACAACACUUCAGUAGAGACCAUCGAAGGUUUUCAGUGUUCGCCCUAUCCUGAAGUUGAUCAUUUUGUUCUUUCUUUGGUGAAUAAAAACGGCAUUAAAGGAGGAAUUCGGCGUUGGAACUACUUUUUCCCAGAAGAAUUAUUGGUUUAUGAUAUUUGUAAAUAUCGCUGGUGUGAAAACAUUGGAAGAGCCCACAAGAGUAAUAAUAUCAUGAUUCUGGUUGAUCUGAAAAAUGAAGUUUGGUAUCAAAAAUGCCAUGAUCCUGUAUGUAAAGCAGAAAACUUCAAAUCUGACUGUUUUCCACUACCUGCUGAAGUAUGUCUCCUGUUUCUUUUCAAAGAUGAAGAGGAGUUUCCAGCAGAUGAAGCAGAUGAAACUGGGAACAAUAAAACCAAGAAUCCUCAUAAACAGUCACCUAAUAAGUCAUCAACAGGUAUAUCUUCUGAUGUGGACUGGGAUAAUGGCAUUGAAGAUGCUUACUUUUUAGAAGCCACUGAAGAUGCUGAAUUAGUUGAAGCUGCAGAGAAUAGUCUUCUCAGUUACAAUGGUAUAGAUGAUGAAAUUCCUGAUGAACUAAUUAUAGAAGUAUUACAAGAGUAGCUAAUUAACUGUGGACACUUAAAUAACCAGGCUAUAAUUUGCCCAAAGUCUGAGAUUUGGUAACAUAUUAAAUUAUUAACUUAUUAUUAAACCUGUUUAUAUCAAUUAAGUUGUAUCACUUUUUCAGGUUUUUUUUUUUUUUAAUUGAAACCAAUUUUGUUGAAAAUUAGCCUUGGUGUACUACUAAAAUUCAG